AUGUCUGAGAAACUGCUUAUGAUCCCUUCCAAGAAGACUGAGUUUGAUAAGUUGACCGAGUCAAUGUAUGAGAUGGAUGACCAAAUGAACCAAACAUGCCCUCCAGAUUUGAUUGGAGGAUUUGAUCAGCAAUUCAUUCAUUCCCUCUCACUCCGUGAUGUAAUGUUCCAAAAGGAAUUCGAUCGCUCAGUCACAAGCGCUAUUAUUGCCCAGGAUCCUUGCACAUUGGCUGAUGAUGAAAGAGAGAUCCUUUUAAGAAAGAAAAGAAAAGAAGAUGCCUUCAAAACAGCUUUGUGCGAGUCUUAUAGACGCACAGGAGAAUGCUCUUAUGCUACUGGCUGCAGGUUUGCCCAUGGAGUUGAUGAAUUACGUCUUCCAACCCAACCUCGUGGACGCAAUCACCCAAAAUACAAGACAGUUUUGUGUGACAAAUUUUCCAGUACCGGCCAUUGCAAGUAUGGUGCUAGAUGCCAAUUUAUCCAUAAAAUAACUAAUCCUGUUAUUUUGCAACAGAAAGGAAGAAUCAGAGAUUUUGGAAAUGAUAAGGAGAAUAUGUCCUCAGAUUGUGGAGGCUCUACCCGUUUCCGUUCAUAUGCAGUUUCUGGACGCGGAUUUAAUCUAAAUCAGAGUAUGCCAAUGGAAGUUUUCGACCAAUCCGAUAUUAAUAGAGCUUUUACCCGUGCUGCCGAAUCUAGUCAACUGCCUCGGCUGAAUGAAAAGCCAAUUGAAGGAGUAACCUUCACUCGAAACUUCUUACAAAAUAUGCAUAUUUAA